GAAGGAGGAGGAGAAGGAGGAGGAGGAGGAGGAGGAGGAGGAGGAUGAGCGCCGGGGUGCUCCCGGGAGGGAGGCACAGCUCCCCCAGCAGAGCCCCGGCAGCGAUGAGCCGGAACUCCCCGGCCCCCCAGCAACCCAUCCCGGCCUCCUCCAGGCCCAGGACAUCCUUCCUCAUCCAAGACAUCCUCUGGGAUGGGGCGGAGCGCGGAGCGCGGCUGGACAGGGGCAGGAGCAGAGGGGUUGGCAGCGCCGGGAAUGGGGAGAGCGGAGCGGCCCCGGCCGAGGGGAGGGAGGGCGGCUCCGACCCCGGGAACCACCCCGGGAGCCCCCAUCCCACGGGAGCAUCCCACGGCACGGGGACAGCCCGGGAAGAGGACACAGAUGCCCCGGUGCAGAGUUACCUGGCGGGGUGUGACCCCCCCCUGCCCACCUCCCCUCGCCCCCCCAAGCCCCCCAAGCGCUCCCGGGCCGCCUUCUCUCACAGCCAGGUCAUCGAGCUGGAGAGGAAAUUCAGCCACCAGAAAUACCUGUCGGCCCCCGAGAGAGCCCACCUGGCCCGGAACCUGCAGCUCACCGAGACCCAGGUGAAGAUCUGGUUCCAGAACCGCAGGUACAAGACCAAGAGGAAACAGGUGACGGCGGAGCUGGCGCGCUCGGACACUGCCCUGGCCGGGCACAAGGGGCACCCGGAGCUGCCGGGGGCAUCGCUGCUCGCCCUCAGGGCCACCUGGCCCUACCUGCCCUGCCUCUACUACCUGCACGGCUGGAGCCCCUCCUGGUAGCAACAGCUUUUGUUCUUUCUUUUUUUUUU